GGUGGCGUGCGCGCACCGCUAAAUUUUUCGCCCAUACCAUACUCACCCACAAACUAAACAUCCACGAUAAGUGGCAAACUUCAGAGGGCGUUGAUCAAUACCCAUUUAUCAUUAGAUAUCACUGAAUCGCGUGGAAACUAGCAGCCAUGUCUCAGGACCAACAGAAUGAUCCGUACUUCUACGAGGAUGACUCCAAUAGCAUCACCCCUGAAGAUUGUUGGACUGUCAUAUCGUCAUUCUUUCAAGAAAAGGGUUUGGUGUCACAACAGUUAGACUCGUUCGAUGAAUUCAUUGAGUCCACCAUCCAGGAAUUGGUCUGGGAAGACUCCCAUUUGAUCUUGGAUCAGCCAGCCCAACAUACCUCCGAACACGAUCAUGAAAAUAGAAGAUUUGAAAUCACUUUCGGUAAAAUUUACAUUUCCAAACCAACCCAGACCGAAGGUGAUGGUACCACUCACCCUAUGUUCCCUCAAGAAGCAAGAUUAAGAAAUUUGACCUAUUCGUCUCCUUUAUACGUGGAUAUGACCAAGAAAGUUUUCAAGUCGGAUGAUAACAAUAAGAAAGACAAUGAGCUCGAAUGGAUAGAAGAAAAAGUGCAUGAGGAGGAACCUGUCACAAAGGUAUACUUAGGUAAGGUGCCCAUCAUGUUGAGGUCCAAGUUCUGUAUGUUAAGAGACUUAAGUGAACAUGAAUUCUACGAACUUAAAGAAUGUCCUUACGAUAUGGGUGGUUAUUUCGUCAUCAACGGUUCAGAGAAGGUUUUGAUCGCCCAAGAAAGAAGUGCUGCCAAUAUUGUUCAAGUUUUCAAGAAGGCAGCACCUUCCCCAGUUUCUCAUGUGGCAGAAAUUAGAUCAGCCUUGGAAAAGGGUUCCAGAUUAAUUUCGUCGAUGCAAAUCAAAUUGUAUGGUAGAGAUGAUAAAGGAACUUCAGGAAGAACUAUCAAGGCAACUUUGCCUUACAUUAAGGAGGAUAUUCCUAUUGUGAUCGUCUUCAGAGCUUUGGGUAUUGUGCCUGAUGGUGAUAUCUUGGAACAUAUCUGUUACGAUGCCAACGAUUGGCAAAUGUUGGAAAUGUUGAAGCCUUGUGUUGAAGAAGGUUUCGUUAUUCAAGAACGUGAAAUUGCCCUUGAUUUUAUCGGUAGAAGAGGUGUUUUGGGUAUCAGAAGAGAAAAACGUAUUCAGUACGCUAAGGAUAUCUUACAAAAAGAAUUGUUACCUAAUAUCACUCAGGAAGAAGGGUUUGAAACCAGAAAAGCUUACUUCUUGGGUUACAUGGUCAACAGAUUAUUAUUAUGUGCAUUAGAAAGAAAAGAACCAGAUGACAGAGAUCAUUUUGGUAAAAAGAGAUUGGAUUUGUCCGGUCCAUUAUUGGCUAACUUGUUCCGUCUUUUAUUCAAAAAAUUAACCAAAGAUAUUUACAAUUACAUGCAGAGAUGUGUUGAAAACGAUAAGGAAUUCAACUUAACUUUAGCAGUCAAAUCUCAAACUAUUACUGAUGGUUUGCGUUAUUCCCUUGCCACUGGUAACUGGGGUGAACAAAAGAAGGCCAUGAGUUCGCGUGCAGGUGUCUCCCAAGUGUUAAACCGUUAUACUUACUCUUCUACUUUGUCACAUUUAAGAAGAACUAAUACUCCUAUUGGUAGAGAUGGUAAGAUUGCCAAGCCAAGACAAUUGCAUAACACUCACUGGGGUUUGGUAUGUCCUGCUGAAACUCCAGAAGGUCAAGCGUGUGGUUUGGUCAAGAAUUUGUCCUUGAUGACAUGUAUUUCAGUUGGUACUCCAUCGGAACCAAUCUUGUAUUUCUUGGAAGAAUGGGGUAUGGAACCAUUGGAAGACUAUGUUCCAUCCAAUUCGCCAGAUUCUACCAGAGUAUUCGUCAAUGGUGUUUGGGUAGGAACCCACAGAGAACCAGUUCAGUUGGUCGACACCAUGAGAAACUUGAGAAGAAGAGGAGAUAUUUCACCAGAAGUCUCUAUCAUUAGAGAUAUCAGAGAAAAGGAAUUUAAGAUUUUCACCGACGCAGGUAGAGUUUACCGUCCAUUGUUCAUUGUGGAUGAUGAUGCUGAAUCUCCAACUCGUGGUGAAUUGAAAUUGCAAAAGGAACACAUUCACAAGUUGUUGAAUUCAGAAUACGAUGAAGACUUCGAUGAAGAUGGUCAACCUUCAUACGGUUGGUCUGCUUUGGUCAGUGACGGUGUCGUUGAAUACGUGGAUGCAGAAGAAGAAGAAACAAUUAUGAUUGCCAUGACUCCAGAAGACUUGGAAGCGUCAAAGAGUGAUUUGGAUGAAUCUGAACAAAAGACCUUGCAAAUGGAAGAGCAGGAAAUUGACCCUGCUAAGAGAAUCAAGCCAACUUUCAGUGGAUCUACUCAUACUUUCACUCAUUGUGAGAUUCAUCCCUCAAUGAUCUUGGGUGUCGCCGCUUCUAUUAUUCCAUUCCCUGAUCAUAAUCAGUCUCCUCGUAACACUUAUCAAUCUGCUAUGGGUAAGCAAGCUAUGGGUGUUUUCUUGACGAAUUAUGCUGUCAGAAUGGAUACUAUGGCCAAUAUUUUGUACUAUCCUCAAAAGCCUUUGGCAACCACCAGAUCCAUGGAACACUUGAAGUUCCGUGAAUUGCCAGCUGGUCAAAAUGCAGUUGUCGCUAUUGCCUGUUACUCGGGAUAUAACCAAGAAGAUUCGAUGAUUAUGAAUCAAUCAUCUAUUGAUAGAGGUUUGUUCAGAUCUUUAUUUUUCAGAUCUUAUAUGGACUUAGAAAAGAGACAAGGUAUGAAAGCCUUGGAAACUUUCGAGAAGCCUUCAAGAUCCGAUACUUUAAGAUUGAAACAUGGUACCUAUGAGAAGUUAGAUGAUGAUGGUUUAAUUGCACCUGGUGUCAGAGUUAGUGGUGAAGAUAUUAUUAUUGGUAAGACUACCCCAAUUCCACCAGACACUGAAGAAUUGGGUCAAAGAACUCAAUACCAUACCAAGAGAGAUGCUUCGACUCCAUUGAGAAGUACCGAAUCCGGUAUUGUCGAUCAAGUCUUGUUGACUACCAAUGGUGAUGGUGCCAAGUUCGUCAAGGUUAGAAUGAGAACCACUAAGGUGCCACAAAUCGGUGAUAAGUUUGCUUCCAGACACGGUCAAAAGGGUACUAUCGGUGUUACUUACAGACAUGAAGACAUGCCAUUCUCUUCUCAGGGUAUCGUUCCAGAUUUGAUCAUCAACCCUCAUGCUAUCCCAUCUCGUAUGACGGUUGCGCAUUUGAUUGAAUGUUUGUUGUCCAAGGUUUCUUCUUUGUCUGGUUUAGAAGGUGAUGCAUCGCCAUUUACCGAUGUUACUGCUGAAGCAGUCUCCAAGUUGUUGAGAGAACAUGGAUACCAAUCUAGAGGUUUUGAAGUCAUGUAUAACGGUCAUACUGGUAAGAAGUUGAUGGCUCAAGUUUUCUUUGGCCCAACUUAUUACCAAAGAUUGAGACACAUGGUCGACGACAAGAUCCACGCUAGAGCCAGAGGUCCAGUCCAAGUCUUGACCAGACAACCAGUGGAAGGUAGAUCCAGAGAUGGUGGUUUGCGUUUCGGUGAGAUGGAAAGAGAUUGUAUGAUUGCUCACGGUGCUGCCGGCUUCUUGAAGGAAAGAUUGAUGGAAGCCUCUGAUGCUUUCAGAGUGCACGUUUGUGGUAUGUGUGGAUUGAUGAGUGUUAUUGCGAACUUGAAGAAGAACCAGUUCGAAUGUCGUUCAUGUAAGAAUAAGACAAACAUUUACCAAAUUCAUAUUCCAUACGCCGCCAAGUUGUUGUUCCAAGAAUUGAUGGCCAUGAACAUUGCACCAAGAUUGUAUACAGAGAGAUCGGGGGUUUCAGUAAGAGUGUGAGGUUGCCCUGGGGGUACAUGUAUUAAUAAUGUGAGCUAGUAAUGCUAGCGAUGCUAGCGAGCUAGCGGUCGUAAACCCAUUUUGGGAAUGGGUGUUGAAUACAUAAUGUAUUUAAUUAAAACAUAGAAAAAAUAUAAGUAUUAAUCGAAUUCGAAAUGAGCAAGGGUAGUAAGAUAUCCAAUGUGACGCUGGAUGAACUUCAUUCAGUUCCAUUUGUCUUUGAUCAGUAUUUUCAA